GAGAGGAUGGGGAGGAGGCUAUGUAUCAGGAUACUGACUCUGAUGUGGCUGAACAGAGAGACUGUGGAAAGGUCAAAGUGAAGUGGACACAAGAUGAGGUGAGUUAAUGUCCCCCUUAUACAUCCCCCACAAAUGCUGAUCUAUAAAUGGUUGGUUAUUUGGAAUGAGCUAGUUACUUAGCUCUUCAUAAAAUGUGUGUACUUUAUUCUCAGGAUGACAAUCUGAAAGCGUUGGUCCAGAACCGGGGCCCAAAUGACUGGAAAUACAUUGCCAGCCUUUUACCGGUGAGCGAGAUUGACAGACUACAGUAUAUAUUCUGUUAUAUCCAGUUGACAAUACAAAUAAUACAACUGAAGGGUUAAAAUAGAAAAGACUCCAUUCUGAAGGUCUGUGUGGUUUAUUUUGCAUUAAAUCAUUAACUGUAUGGUAACCCUGUAUGGCACAGAAUCGCUCAGAACACCAGUGCCAGCACCGCUGGUUGAAGGUUCUGGAUCCAGAUCUUGUCAAAGGGCCCUGGACCAAAGAGGAGGACGAGAAGGUUAGUUGUGAUGGUGACUAUUCUACAAUCAGUUCUACUAGACUUCUUUGUGAGAGCAACUUUAGUUGUUGAGUUUUACCAAUAGUUGUUCAGUCAGCUCUACCUGCUUUGACUCAUAUCUAAGGACAGCCUCCGGGUGGCUUGUACUGCUACUCAGAGGCCACAUUUUCAGACGGCCACCAACCCUGCAUUCCUCUCCACAGGUGAUAGACCUGGUGAACAGGUAUGGCAACAAGCAGUGGGCUAUUGUGGCCAAGCACCUGAAGGGCCGGCUGGGGAAGCAGUGCAGGGAGCGCUGGCACAACCACCUCAACCCGGACGUGAAGAAAUCCUCCUGGACAGCAGAGGAGGACCUCAUCAUCUACAAGGCCCACUGCAUGCUGGGAAACCGCUGGGCUGAGAUUGCCAAGCUGCUCCCCGGAAGGUUACUGUGUUGACAUGUACUCCAGCUAAGAGAGUCACUCUGACAUGUCUGUGCUGAAAUGUCAGGAUCACUCAGAACAGCUUAUUGGUCUUCACAUAUUUUGUGAUAAAUGCAAUUGAAUGGAUUGGAGUUGGAUUAGUGUUUGCCUUCAUACACUAGCUAUAUCUUGAUUACUACAACAUUAUGUUCAAAUUUCACCUUACAGGACAGAUAAUGCUGUGAAGAACCACUGGAACUCAACCAUCAAGCGUAAGGUUGAGAUGGGCUUCUACAGCGGGGUGGAUCCUUCUCUGAAAUGUCAGCAGAUGGAACCAGAGGAGGGCAUGGCCCACCACAGUAGAGAUCAGCAGGUAGGUUCCUUCUGAAAUCAGUUUGACAACAUCUGGGCUAUGCUCAAACUAAUCCUCAUUAUGUUUUGCUGUGAAACAUGAUUUGUUAUGUCUACAGAUGGACUAUGGUGGUUCUAUGGAGAGGGACCCAGACCAAGACCCCACACUGCCGGUAAAAUGCAAACACUGCUAACUUCUAUAUGGGGGGGAAAGCAGAUAAACUUGAGUGUUUUAUAUUAUAAAUGCAGUGCAUUCGGAAAGUAUUCAGACCCCUUCCCUUUUUCUACAUUUUGUUACGUUACAGCCUUAUUCUAAAAUGGAUUAAAUAAAAACAAAUCCUCAAUCUACACACAAUACCCCAUAAUGACAAAGUGAUAACAGGUUUUUAGACAUUUUAAAAAAAACAGAAAUACCUUAUUUACAUACGUAUUCAGACACUUUGCUAUGAGACUCGAAAUUAAGCUCAGGUGCAUCCUGUUUCCAUUGAUCAUCCUUGAGUGGUAAAUUCAAUUGAUUGGACAUGAUUUGGAAAGGCACACACCUGUCUAUAUAAGGUCCCACAGUUGACAGUGCAUAUCAGAGCACAGUGGCCUCCAUCAUUCUUAAAUGAAAGAAGUUUGGAACCACCAAGACUCUUCCUAGAGCUGGCUGCUCGGCCAAACUGAGCAAUCGGGGGAGAAGGGCCUUGGUCAGGGAGUUAACCAACAACCCGAUGGUCAGCCUCCCGAGUGGCGCGGUGGUCAAUGGCACUGCAUCGCAGUGUUGCGGCAUCACUACAGCCUGGGGUUCGUCCGGGUUAGGGGAGGGUUUGGCCGGCGGGGCUUUACUUGCCUCAUCACGCUCUAGCGACUCCUUGUGGCGGGCCGGGCGCCUGCAGGCUGACUUCAGUUCAUGUUUCGGAGGACGCAUGACUCGACCUUUGCCUCUACCGAGUCCGUUGGGGAGUUGCAGCGAUGAGGCAAGAUCGUAAUCACGAAAAAGGGGGAAAAGGCACAUGACAGCCCGCUUGGAGUUUGCCAAAAGGCACCUAAAGGACUCUCAGACCAUGAGAAACAAGAUUCUCUGGGCUGAUGAAAUCUGACACCAUCUUUACGGUGAAGCAUGGUAGUGGCAGCAUCAUGCUGUGGGGAUGUUCUUCAGCGGCAGGGACUGGAAGACUAGUCAGGAUCGAGGGAAAGAUGAACGGAACAAGGUACAGAGAGAUCCUUGUGAAACAUUUCUAAAAGUCUGUUUUUUUGCUUUGUCAUUAUGGGGUCUGGGGUGUAGAUUGAUGAGGGGGAAAAACAAUUAUAUCAAUUUUAGAAUAGGCUGUAACGUAACAACGUGGAAAAAGUUAAUGGGUCUUAAUACUUUCCGAAUGCACUGUAUGAAGUGCAGUACAUGUAGAGCAUGUGCAUGUUAGAAUAUUACCAACUUAUACUAAUCUUCAGGGUAGUACACAUUGCUCUGGUAGCUGUGUGUUCAUAUUCAUUUAAUCUAUUCUUCUGGAUCUCCAUUCUAAUUUUCAAGCUUAUGUCGCUCCCUACAGGAGAAUGCCAGUACAUCCACUGUGAGAGGCGGACCAAAGGAAGCAGGCUCCCACAAGGCUGUCUCUCCUCAACAGUCAAAGACCCCCAAAAGUGAGCCAAACACCCCAGGAGGUGAACUGAAUACCAGUAGCUGGGUGGUGGACAGCUCAGGCUUCCUGUCACCUAACGGCCCAGCCUUAAAAGAGGUGAUGGAGAUGGUAGAUGGGGUAAGAGUGCUGGAUGGGUUCAUAAUACCUCGGUCUUCUGAAUUUCACCACAUUCAUCUACUGCUUUGAAUGCAACACCAAAUAUCUCAUUCGAUGAUCAGAUAUGUGAAACAAGAUGUCUGACUAUUUUGGUCUGACUUAGUUUGGCAAAUUAUAUUUAUUUUCAUAAACUCUUCCUUACUUUGUUUCUGUUUCUUUCCCUCUACCAGGACCUGGAUGGCUGGUGUAACAUGGCUGUCUUUGAUCUGCCUGAGGAGAGCCAGAGCCCAGAGCGGACCCAGUUUCGUCUGGAGGGCAGUGCUCUACAGGAGCUCAGUAAGGGUAACCGGGGGGAGCUGAUCCCCAUCUCCCCUGGAGGAAUCACCCCACCCUCCAUACUGACCCGGCGCAGCCGCCGUCGCAUCGCUCUGUCCCCUGACUCCAACAACUCCAGGACCCCGAAGAGCACCCCGGUCAAGAUCCUGCCCUUCUCUCCCUCACAGGUAAUGGCUCAACCACCAUUAACUAACACAUAGUAAAAUGACUUGUCGCUACCAUUGUUUUGUACAGAAUCAUGUUGCCAAAAACACAUUUUACCAUGUUUAAUUUCCCUAAGAUUAAAUUCCAUAUUUGUAUUUAUAUGGUACUAUUGCAAAUGGAUGUUAGGUGUAAUAUUAGUGAAAGGGUUUCUAAAUGCAUUGUAUGUUUCCAGUUCCUCAACAUGUGGACCAAACAGGACAACUUUGAGCUGGAGAAUCCAUCUCUCACCUCUACCCCAGUGUGCAAUCAGAAGUCUGGGGUUACCACACCACUACACCGUGACAAGACUCCACUCACACAGAAGGAAAACUCUGUUUGCGCAUCCAAGCUUUACCCAAACUCAGUGUAUGUAAUAAGGCAUUAUUGACACACAAUUGUCUUGUAUGCGCUAUGUUAUUAUUGGCAUGCAAUAUGAUUAAUCUCUCGUAGCAGUAGAGAAUUAUAUUUAGUUUGUCUUUUUAUAAAGGUUCAUUACACCCAACCACAAGUCAAAUCUUGACACCACCCCACGGACUCCAACUCCAUUCAAAAAUGCCAUGGAGAAGUAUGGUCCUCUGCGACCAAUGGUGAGUCCCUCACUUGCUACAGUUGUCAAUGAAAGCACCUGAAUUGUCAGAUGAUUUCUAUGGAUAAUUUAUUCAAUAUCCUGCUGAAAAUAGUUUAUUUCUAUACGUCUUAGCCUCAGACUCCGAAUGAGGAGGACUUGAAAGAGGUCCUCUUGAAAGAGGCUGGGAUUGAGCUGAUUGUGACGGAUGAGAGUCCACCCGAGCAAAGACGCAAGCAGGUGGUGAGUAUGAUGAAAGACGGCAGGAGGAAGUUUACAUCACAGGAGGCUGCUGAGGGUAGGAUGGCUCAUAAUAAUGUCCUGAACGUAGCAAAUGGAAUGGCAUCAACCACAUGGAAACCAUGUGUUUAAUGUAUUUGAUACUUAUUUGAUGCCAUUGCCACGAGCCCGUCCUCCCCAAAUAAGGUGCCACCAACCUCCUGUGGUUUGCAUCUAAGAGGAACGAUAAUUUACUUACAUAAAUGAUGGUUCUCAGUCUUAUGAAAUGGUCUGAAUAUGUGGUCCAUUCCUUUGCUUCAAGCAUCGACCUCCAAUGAAGAAAGUGCGUAAAUCUCUGGCUCUGGAUGUCAUGGACUGCAAAGAGAUCGUCACUGCCAGGCAUCAGUCCAUUAAGUCAGAGCCCAAAACCUGUCCUAAGGUACAUUCAUUAGAAAUUGAUUGAAUUCUGCUGUUAUUGUUGAUUAUUUUUAUUUAACCUUUAUUUAACCAGGUAAGCCAGUUGAGAACAAGUUCUCAUUUACAACUGCGACCUGGCCAAGAUAAAGCAAAGCAGUGCGAUUAAAAACAACAACACAGAGUUACAUAUGGAAUAAACAAAACAUACAGUCAAUAACACAGUAGAAAAUCUAUAUACAGUGUGUGCAAAUGUAGUAAGUUAUGGAGGUAAGGCAAUAAAUAGGCCACAGUGCAAAAUAAUUUAGUAUUAACACUGGCGUGAUAAAUGUGCAGAAGAUGAUGUGCAAAUGAGCAAAAUAAAUAACAAUGUAAAUAACUAUGGGGAUGAGGUAGUUGGGUGGGCUAAUUACAGAUGGGCUGUGUACAAGUGCAGUGAUCAGUAAGCUGCUCUGACAACUGAUGCUUAAAGUUAGUGAGGGAGAUAAGUGUCUCCAGCUUCAGAGAUUUUUGCAGUUCGUUCCAGUCAUUGGCAGCAGAGAACUGGAAGGAAUGGCGGCCAAAGGAGGUGUUGGCUUUGGGGCUGACCAGUGAGAUAUACCUGCUGGAGCGCAUACUAUGGGUGGGUGUUGCUAUGGUGACCAAUGAGCUAAGAUAAGGCAGGGAUUUGCCUAGCAGAGAUUUAUAGAUGACCUGGAGCCAGUGGGUUUGGCGACAAAUAUGUAGUGAGGGCCAGCCAACGAGAGCAUACAGGUCACAAUGGUGGGUAGUAUAUGGGGCUUUGGUGACAAAACGGAUGGCACUGUGAUCGACUACAUCCAAUUUGCUGAGUAGAGUGUUGGAGGCUAUUUUGUAAAUGACAUCGCCGAAGUCAAGGAUCGGUAGGAUAGUCAGUUUUACGAGGGCAUGUUUAGCAGCAUGAGUGAAGGAGGCUUUGUUGCGAAAUAGGAAGCCGAUUCUAGAUUUAACUUUGGAUUGGAGAUGCUUAAUGUGAGUCUGGAUGGAGAGUUUACAGUCUAACCAGACACCUAGGUAUUUGUAGUUGUCCACAUAUUCUAAGUCAGACUAGCUGAGAGUAGUGAUUCUAGUCGGGCGGGCAGGUGCAAGCAGCGUUCGAUUGACGGUGAUUUCAUCCAUUGAUUUGUAUUUUGUCUUGUCCUUGUGGCAGGCUGAGACGUCUCUCAACUCCUCGUCCUUUUGUAUGAAGACGGAAGAUAAAGAGGAGAAUGUUCUGGAUCAGGGCUUCUGUUUAGGACCCAGUGAGAGUGGUGCAUAUUCCAACCCAGUGCCCCCAACCCCAGUGAGUACUCUAAUGAAACGCGACCAUUGGCUGCCAUCUAAGUGAAAUAUUUAUUUAAUAGCUGUCUUUUUCAUGUUUAUUUUUAUACUAUAUCACAAUCAGGAGUUUUCUAAUAGCCUGUAAUGCACACAUCUAUUGUAGUGGUUUUCAUUUCUCUAUUUGUCUGUUGCAUCUGAAGUUAUUGAUAUGCUUUGCUGUGUCCUCAGAUGUCCAAGGCAUGGGAAGCAGUGGUAUGUGGACGGACUAAGGACCAGCUCAUAAUGACAGAGAAAGCAAGACGUUACCUCCGUUUACUGAAAUCCCACGCUCCUAACCGGGCCCUCAUCCUGUCCUGAGCUCUCACUAACUUAGUUGUCCUCUGUGCAGACAUUUUCGUGUGUUAAAUAUAGGGUUGCAAAAUUCUGGGAACU